GUGACGUGUUUUAAAAAUCUUGAUUACGAAACCAGGGGGCUGUAAACAGUGUUCAAUACAUAAACAAAGCUGAAUUCUGUUGAUCAGAGUACAACUAUUUCGGUUUCUUGUACAAAAAUCGACUUCCGUCUUUAGAGGUACUGUGGAUUGAAAAACACCCGAGAAGAAAGCUUUUGUUAAAAUGAUUGGAAAAAUUACAAGCCUCCUGCUUGGAGACAAAAUGGAGGAAGCAAAUGAAUGUGUCGAUCACGAAGAGCUCUUAGAAACUGAAGAGGGGGAGUGGGUCAUCGUGAAUGUGCAGGAGAGCUGCCCAGUGCUGCAGCUGGAGAUGGGCCCCCUGGAGAACCUGCUGAUUGAGCACCCCAGCAUGUCUGUGUACAACAUGAGAGGGCAGAGCAGCGACGAGGAGGAGGAGGAGGAGGAGGAGGAUGCAGAUGUUCCCUGGCCUGCUCAGAUGGAACGGUAUGCCCCACGAAGGGUGACUGUUCUUGAACGCAUCAGUCAUUUGCACUACAUGCAGAGGGCUGAGCUCCUCGUCAACCGCAGAAAGCUGAGCAGGAAUCGCCUCCACAGACAGAACCGAUCCAAGAAACACUAUUCUCCAAAAGAAAAGCACUGUGGCAAUUUCAAGCAGCCCUGCCAGCGUGUCUAUAAUUACUAAGCAAGAAUCCAAAUGCGAAUUGCAGACUAGUUAGUUUAAAAACCCCAUAUUCUCAGAGCGUGCCAGAUUUUUUUUUACAUAAAACAAAAAUGCCUGAUUAAUUUCUCAUUAACCAAAAGAAAACCAUGCUAAUGUUAUCAAAUAAGUAAGAAUGGCACUUUUUUGAGAAUAAGCGAUUAUAGUUUUAUACCCUGUAUAACUCAUAAUGACACCUGUUUUAUUGUUUUGAGAGUGUUGUGCUGUUACUUGCAGUGUUUCUAAUAUUUUGUGUAGUGGCUACUUCUUGUGGUAAUAGCUGUAAGACUGUCAUCAGGAAUUAGUAUCCCUAGCUGUGGAUGCAAAUCCCGGUGGUGAGAUACUGUAUAUGUAUGACUCUAUGUAUGUCUCACUAGAAUCACUUAUCCAGUUGGCUAAGGUAUCAUUUACCUCAAGGUACUGACAGUAUCAGAUUCUGGGGAUGUAUAGAGGACCCGGUCCAGUAAAUCGUCCAUGUUUCCAUAAGUUACACAGAGAUGCACCAGUAUGUUCUCCAUACUGUAAUGGUGAUUUCUAGACUUUAUUAGUAGUGCAUUAUUAAACAUGUGUGUGUUCACUGUUCAGCUAAUGUUACAGCAAUGGGGGCAGCUAUUUGUGUGAAUUUAAUAUUAAUAUUGAGUUUUAAAGUAAACAUGAUUGAAGUAAAAGCAACUAUAAUGUAAUCAACUAAUCAUGCUUACAUUUUACAGUUAUGGUAUUUGCAUGCUUUAGCAUUGUGCAACAUUGUUUUUUAAUGUACCAUAUAUACAUAUUAUCCAGUGUUGCAUGCAGUAUAACUUCUUUCUUUUUGUUUUAGCUCAGGGGGCUUGGUAUAUGUUAAAAUACCAUACGUAUUACAAGCAAACUUGAAAGGUUAUGUUGAUUUGUAUACAUUUUUCACAGCACAUCUUCAAAUUUCAACACGUUGUUGUUAUUGGUACUGGAAUCAGACGAUACAAUGGUGUAAGUUAUUACAAAGGAACAGUACGCCUUUCUUUAUGUAAUUGCAGCAGAGUAAUGAAUUGUGUUGUAUGAUGUAGUGUACUUUCGAUUGAAUGAGGAAGCACCACAGCAGCUUGUAAAUAUUACACACAUUUUUUACAAAAUGUUGUUAAAAAUAUUCUGUGCAUUUCAACUAACUUCACUAAAUAAAAAGUAUGUUACUUUUUUGUUUA